AUGAAACAGCAGGUAGAGUAUCUCCUUGACCACUUUCGAGAAGAGGUACAACGAUACCCAGCGUCAAUUGCAAUUGAGGAUGGAACAAAGUCUCCAGAUGAGUCAACCUGGCCAAAGGUCAGUUACGCCGAGCUUGAUGCUCUAUCUGAUGCCUGGAGUAGACAACUGGCAGUGGACGGCGUGGGUCCGGGCUGUAUAGUUCCUCUGAUAUCCACAAGGUCCAUCGCUAUGGUUGCAGCGAUACUGGCAAUCCUCAAGCUGCGCGCUGCGUAUGUGCCCAUCGACGCAGACUCAUGGGGUAAGGACCGCAUAAAUGGAGUGCUUGCAAGAAUUUCUCCGAAGAUUGUUGUAUCGACCGCGGCUUGUUUAGAGGGUGGCCAUCCGUAUCCAGUUCACUACUUUGAGCAACCUGGUAUACCUAACCUGGCUCUGGGCAAUGACAUCAGCAACCCAAGCCAUUCUCGCCGGCUAUGUUAUAGCGGAGACGUCCUUGCAUAUAUCAUUUUCACAUCUGGAACAACAGGACAGCCAAAAGGUGUGAUGGUCGGUCUAGAAUCUAUAUCUCGCUAUGUGAAGGAAGGCGGGGACCUACCGUUCAACUUCAACACCAGACACGGAACGCGGGUAUUAUUGAUUUGUUCAAUUGCUUUUGAUGGUAUGUUCCCCGAAAUGCCGUGUUGA